AUGGCUUCUCUCCAAAUCUCCGACUUCAAUAGCCAAAUCCCAGUUGACCUACUCAUAUCCUAUGUCUUCCAACUCCACACAAACAUAUCAAAGCUCGAGUCACUCCGACCCUCCAAGCAGGUCAACGCUCUCUUCACUCAGCUGGUCAACUUGUGCACCCUCCCCUCGUCGAUCGACGUUAGGGCUUUGCCUCAAGACCUCCAACUCAAGCGGGCAAGUCUCAUCAACCUUUGUGGCCAAGCUGAGGGCCUAAUGGAGCUUGAGUUCUCUACUUUCAUAACCAAAACACCCAAACCACUCAACAACCUCAACCUCUUCCCGUACUAUGGAAACUACGUCAAGCUAGCCAAAAUGGAGUACAACAUCUUGGCCGAGAAUGGUGCGGCGAGCCCCAAGAAGGUAGCGUUCGUGGGGUCAGGUCCUAUGCCCUUGACAUCCCUAGUCUUGGCAGCCAGCCACAUGAGAACCUCUCACUUUGACAACUUCGAUCUCGACGAGAAGGCGAACAGCCUCGCUCGCCGGCUGGUUUCUUCCGAUGAAGAGCUUGAGAAGAGAAUGAAGUUUGUGACCAAAGAUGUCAUGGAGUUGAGGGAGAGUCUUGGUGAGUAUGACUGCAUAUUCUUGGCUGCUCUUGUGGGAUUGAGUAGAGAUGAGAAGGUGAAGAUUUUAGGGCACGUGAGGAAGUAUAUGAAGGAAGGAGGGUUGUUGCUUGUGAGGAGUGCCAAUGGGGCUAGGGCUUUUCUGUACCCUGUGGUUGAGGAGCAUGACUUGGUUGGUUUUGAGGUUCUUUGCGUCUUUCAUCCCAACGAUGAAGUUAUCAACUCGGUUGUUUUGGUUCGAAAGCCCUUUGCUUCUAAUUAA